UCACUUUUUAUUUAUAGAGAAGUCAUAUUCCUGGGAAGAUAAGAGGACUUGUUGACCAUUACUUGAAUACCCAAAGAAAUGAAAAACAAUCAGGGAAUGGCGUAUUCUUUACAGAUGAAAGAAUAACUGCUCAAAUAAUAGAAUUUAUAGAUGCAGGUAUUGUAUCAACAUGGGCGUAUUUGACGAAUACAAUGCUUAUUCUGGUAAACUUCCCGGAGUACCAGCGGAAAAUACAGAUUGAACUUGACCGUGUUAUUGGUAGGGAUCGUAAACCAAAUUACACCGACAGGGACAACUGUAUUUUCCUUAAAGCCUUUGGAAUGGAAGUGCUUAGAUUUGCAACUGUCGCCCCCCUACUCAUGCCACAUUUCUGCAGAAAACGUGUAAAUUUCGAGGGAUAUCAUAUCAAACCAAACAGUAUGGUUUUAGGUAACGUAUGGUUUAUUCAUCAUGAUAAGGACAUUUGGGGUGACCCAUGGACAUUUCGACCAGAAAGGUUUCUGGACAAAGAUGGCAAUAUCUUACCAAACGAUCAUAAAUUCAUGAAAAACUAUUUACCAUUCGGCUACGGUCAGCGACAGUGUGCAGGAGCAUUAUUUGCCAAGACAAGAUAUUUUCUAUAUGUCGCUAUUCUUUUACAACGCUGGAGUUUUGAGUUUUCAUCCCCGACAGACAAGGGCUGUGAUCCAAGAGAUCCUGGUGUUUUCGACAACAGACUAAUUUUAAAAGCAAAACCAUUUGGUGUUCGUGCAGUGCCAAGAGAGAAACAAUAAGAAAGUUUUAUAAAUUUGUAAAACAUACCCGAACUAUUGAUUUUAAAUAUGUAAAGAAAGCUUAUAGCUAAGACAAGCAAGAUUAUAGGUUUAUUGUUUCAUACUUUGUGUGAUGUUAAACUUGAUACUCAUUAUCCAUACAAUUAUCACAUUUAUCUCGGACUUAAAUCAAAUAUUAAAACAAGAGAUGUUUGUUAAAAAAACAUGUCCAAUUGUCAGCAUGUCAAAAAGGAUGCAAUAGUGCCUGGUAACUGUUUUGCCAAACAAGGACAAUGUUUCUUUUACCUUUGAGCCGUUUUCCUAAAAUCAAUAGGGGUCAGCUACUGGCAACGACCAUGCACCUAAGAAGUUAAGUUGCCGAGGACCAAUAAAUUUUUGACUUAUUGGUCGAAAACGAUUUGCCAUAAAAGGACACUGUGACAUUGACUCAUUGACUCCAUAAUAAAUUGGUUCAUUUACUUUUCAAGACCAAUGUUCAUAUAUAUUAUGAAGUUAUAGGGCAAUAUGCUCAUGUCACAUUUGUUCUCAAGUAAUUGAUCGUAAUCAAUCAGGAACUUACGAAACGACAGUCGGACAAACCGACUGAGCUGACUGACAUCUUAACAUGCUGCGAAAUAUAAUAAUGUGACACAACACCAAAAUCAAAAAGGGCACACCAAUGCCCAAGACCGAUGCUCAUAAGACAUUUGACCCGCCAUUUGUUCCUUUUAUAUGUAAAUUGUAUAAAUGUUUGUAUAAAGCACCAUUUCCAAGAGCAAACUAU